UUUUGUAGCGGGGCAGAAUCUGGGCCGUCUUGAAUACCGACAGUAGCGGUUGCAGUAACUGUAUCGAUCCUCUCUAGUCUCCCCCCCGACGCAAAGAAUUAAUUUUUUUUUAUCUCUCCCUCUUCUCUUCUUCCUUCUUUAACCGAGCGUCAUCUAUCUUUUUUUCCUUUCAUCAUAUUUCUUGGCUGUAACAUUAUCGAGGUUGAUCAGAAACUCUCGACCUCAAUUGCUCUCACUCCUCCUUCAAGCUCUCCGGAUCCCAUCUCAAUAGCUCUUAUCUCUGGACCCCCUUUCGUACCCACACUCACACACGGACCAAAAUGUCGAGUCAACCUCUCCUCCAGACUGCCCCAGGCAAGCGCAUCGCCCUGCCCACUAGAGUCGAACCCAAGGUCUUCUUCGCCAACGAGCGGACCUUCCUCUCCUGGCUCAAUUUCACCGUCAUCCUGGGCGGUUUGGCUGUCGGUCUCCUGAACUUCGGUGAUCGCAUCGGCCGUAUCUCCGCCGGUCUCUUCACCAUCAUCGCCAUGGCGGCCAUGAUCUACGCCCUCUGUACUUUCCACUGGCGCGCAGCCAGCAUCCGCAAACGCGGCCAGAGUGGCAUCGACGACCGCUUCGGUCCCACCGUUCUGGCCCUCGCCUUGUUGGCGGCCGUCGUCGUUAACUUCAUCCUCAGAAUCACAGAGAACUAAAACCAUCUCCUGUGUUUUCUUCGGUUUUGUUUUCUAGUGCUUUUUUUUCUCAAACCCCCUUGUUUUGUGGGGCACGUGCCCGUACUUUUGCUGGCGCUAGACCUGGGUUAUGUGUUAUGGUCUAUGCCCUUUAUGGACUUGUCUCUUAUUCGUGCUGGGGGUGGACGUCGCUGGUCGGUGCAAGGGUGAAAAUAUCGGUAGAUAGAUUAUGGUCUGGUCUGAUGAGCGGUCACAAGACCGUAUUUUCU